ACAAAAUUCCACCAGUGAUGCAUCUUUUGCCUUACUUGCUACUUGUGUUUUUCUUUCAGUGGAAAGAUGUCCUGGCCGUUAACCUAAACCAAAGCGUCGAUGUGGGAAAGCUGGCCAAGUUAAUCAGGCCACCGAUUCAUUCGGGCCGUGUCGUUGGCGGCGAAGUUACCACAAACGACAAGCUGGGAGGGUACUUGAUGGUCCUGCGCUACAGCAAGGACUUUGUCUGCGGCGGAACUCUGAUCCACGACUUUAUUGUCCUGACAGCAGCCCACUGCUUCACUGGCCGGUCUGACAGUAAGGAAUGGACGGUAGAAGGUGGUGUUUCGAAACUUACGGAUAGCGGAAUAUUACGCAAAGUGAAGAGCUUCAUCCUGUCCAGUCAGUUUCGGGACAGUGAUAUGCACAUGGAUGUUGCGCUGGUACGCCUGGACAAAGCUAUGACGGGUAAGAAUAUUGGAAAGCUGGCUCUGUGCUCAACACAUUUGAAAACGGGAGCUGUUCUGAGGGUUUCCGGGUGGGGCAUGCUCAAGGAGGCGGGUGUUGGACCUGAAACAUUGCUCCGAACGAUUAUGGUGCCAAUUGUAGAAAAAAAGAAAUGCCGUCAAAAUUAUAAGCCCUCUGCGGUUAUUACGGACAGUAUGUUUUGUGCCUCGGUUAUGGGCAAAAAGGAUGCCUGCACUUUCGACUCGGGCGGUCCUCUGGUCUACAAAAACCAAGUCUGCGGGAUUGUGUCCUUUGGAUUGGGAUGCGCCAGUCCUCGAUAUGCAGGCGUCUACACGGAUGUUGUAUAUGUUAAGCCUUUCAUCGAGAAAACCAUGAAAAUAUUAUUGUAAUAUAAAAUUGCACUCUACAAUUGGCAA